ACUUUUGAGAACAUCAUGAAGACAUUAACUGGCUUGCUUUUUGUGGGUCUUCUAGCCCUCUGGACAGGUUUACCCUUCACGUCUUCCAGGGUUCUGUUUGGAACCGGUAUUUGCCCCGGAAAUCCAUUUCAGUGCUCUUUACCUGGAAGUAAUCGUUGCAGGAGUGAUUAUGACUGCCCUCAGACCCUACGUUGCUGUAAUUUCAGAUGUAGCACAAGUUGUAGAUUCCCACCAGUGCGUCCUUGGAGUUGCCCACGAAAUCCAUUUAAAUGCACUAUCCCAGGAAUACAUCGCUGUCGUUAUGACUAUGAUUGUCCAGGAAGACAAAGGUGUUGCUACUAUAAUUGUUCUAGGAUCUGUAAAUAAGGCCAGAAUUUAAUGUCGAUGCCCAGAGAUUGUUUUACAUUGAAUCAAAGUUACAUAUAAAGUCCGUGUACUAGAUAAAUCGAUCUUGGUUUGCUUUGGAGAAGAAGACACAAUUGCCAGCAAAAUGGUUUUUUAUAUGAUUCUUUAAUUCCUUCUCACGAACAGUGGUUACCAACAUAUGCACCCAUAUAGUUGGUUAUUUUGUUCUGGGUUUGAAAUCUAUUAUAUAAACCUAAAAAUAAAGUAGGAUUCCCAGUCCACCUCACAAAAACACAAUUCUUGAAUUUAUCUCUGCAACAGUAACUUUUUGAUCAUUUCAGAAUUGAUGGAUAUUUUAUUUUCUUCUGCUUUCCAUUUUUAUGGUAUUGAACCUUUACAAAGUCCACAAAUUGCAUUAAAUAAUCACUUGGUUUAUUUGACUUUGGUAUGGCAUGAUGUAUGAGGCUGGUAAGCUAUGGGCUGUAGUUAUUUGUGGAUUCAGCCUAUUUGAUAAACCCUAGUUAAAACAAACCAUGAUUUUGCUUAUUGUGUGAAACCAUACUAAAAGCAAUAAAUAGAAAAAAGCAGAUACAGUGCAACCUUGA